AUGUUAGAAUCGGUGAAUGCUAUAAAGCAACUCUUGAAAUGUGUCAUAUCAACCAAAUGCCAAAAACACUUCCGGAUAUUUUCCCUACGAAUUAAUGUGUUCUGUAUGCGGACAGUACGAAGAAAACCAAAAUUAUGUAAUGGAUUACUACUCUGCUAUGGUCUGUUGACUAAACCGAUUAUACAAAGUGCCCUCUGUAAAGAUCAGUUGGUGAAGGUAAUGGAAGAGGAUCCAUGGUUGGUUACUGCAUCAUGUGUUGAAGUAGCAUCACACGAUAAUGGUUCUCUCAGCAUCCGUAUGAUCAUGUAUUUGUACAGAACGGCUCUACGAACAGUCAAAAUAAUGCUAAGGAUAGUAUCAUUAUUAUUAUUCUUCACUCCGUUGUUGAUUACGUUUCCAGUUGCGUGUUUUUGGAGUGGUUUUGAGGAAUUAUGGUGGAAGUCAUUGUUGUGGAUAUUGCAGCGAAGUGGUCCUACCUUUAUUAAAUUAGGUCAAUGGGGAAGUACACGGCGCGAUAUCUUCUCGAAACGUUUUUGUGACAGAAUGUCAGUUUUGCAUACAAAAACAACAUGUCGUCCAUGGCACCUUUUGCAACAUGCACUCGACGAUUUAUUUGGCGAUUCUCGAUGGAAAGAUUUUGUUGUGUCAAUAGAAACUGAUCCUGUUGGUUCCGGAUGUAUUGCUGAGGUGUAUAAAGGUACGCUUGAUGUAUAUGCUUUCGAAGAGAUUACGGGAAUACAUUUACCAUUUGCGAAGAAUCGAUAUAUUGACGUUGCGAUUAAAACUGCAAAAGAUGGAAUCCGCGAAAGCAUUGAUAUUGAUUUGUCGAUAAUACAAUGUGCUGUUCUCUUGAUGGAAAUGAUCAUGCCUCGAUUAUCGUGUAUAAAUCCAACAUCUUGUUUAAAUCAAUUCAAAAAAGUGCUUGAGCUACAGGUGGAUUUAAGAAACGAAGCAAGAGCUUUGAAAAGAUUUGGUCGUAAUUUUGAUCCCGAUAAAACAAGAGUACGGUUUCCUGAAGUCGUAUGCUAUUCUAGAGAUGUCAUUAUCGAAACUUUUGAAAAUGGGCUAUACAUCAACAAAUUAGUUACUGACGAACAGAUGAUGGAACAAAAUGAAUUGAAGAAGAAAGUUGCGCUCAUUGGAGUAAGAGCAUUGUUGAAAAUGAUUUUUGUAGAUAAUUUUGUACAUGGCGAUCUUCACCCCGGCAACAUACUUUUAAGACUUGAUGUUCCUGAUCGGCGGUCGACCAAGUUGUUUAAUUCUUUUCGAACUUCAGUUAACGAAUUGAAAAAUAUAUUAAAAAGUUUUCUCACUGUGAGUGAUGGUAUCCGGAUCUCAUAUGAUGAUUACGAUCUCGAUGAAUCCGGAGAACCGAUGCUAGUCAUAUUGGAUACGGGCAUUGCCCUCGAAGAAACAGCACAGAAUCUGCAAAAACUUCGUCUUCUUUUUCGAGCAGUUGUCGAUAAAAGAGGUCGUGAUGUUGGUGCAUUAUUACUCUUACAUUCGCCAAAGCAGCACUGCAAAAAUCCAGAACAAUUUUAUGAUGAAGUGGAUCAGAUUGUUCAAAUAGCACGCACCAAAAGCGAUUUGAGAAGGCUGAAUAUAUCGGAAAUGUUAAAUGAACUAUUUUCAAUCGUGAGUCGUCAUGAAGUUGCACUGGAUCCAUCAUUUACGACAGUUGUGUUAGCAGUUAUAGUUUUGGAAGGUUUGGGACGCUCAUUAGAUCCCGACUUGGAUCUUUUUCAUUGCGCCAGACCAUUUCUUUUUUCCAUGCUUUAA